CGUAAGCCCAAACGUAAGCCCAAACAAUUUCUAAGCCUAAUACAACUCCUAUUUAAGGUUUAGGGCAUUUCUCUUCCUUGUUUCUAUAUAGACAAUUGUUAAGCCGCAGAUCAAUUGCAGUGACGCCCCAAUUGAAUAGCUAUGGGGAGAAGACCUGCAAGAUGUUAUCGUCAGAUUAAGAACAAGCCUUACCCAAAAUCAAGGUUUUGCCGUGGUGUCCCUGAUCCAAAGAUCAGGAUUUAUGACGUGGGCAUGAAGAAAAAGGGAGUUGAUGAGUUCCCUUUCUGUGUGCAUUUGGUCAGUUGGGAGAAGGAGAAUGUCUCAAGUGAGGCACUUGAAGCUGCCCGUAUUGCUUGCAACAAGUACAUGACCAAGUCUGCCGGGAAAGAUGCUUUUCACCUAAGGGUCAGGGUUCAUCCAUUCCAUGUUUUGAGAAUUAACAAGAUGUUGUCGUGUGCUGGAGCUGAUAGACUCCAAACUGGUAUGAGGGGAGCUUUUGGUAAGCCCCAGGGUGUUUGUGCUCGUGUUGCAAUUGGUCAGGUUCUUCUAUCUGUUCGCUGCAAAGAUGGAAACAGUAACCAUGCUCAAGAGGCUCUCCGCCGUGCCAAAUUCAAGUUUCCUGGACGUCAAAAGAUCAUUGUGAGCAGAAAGUGGGGAUUCACCAAGUUCAGCCGAACUGAUUAUCUGAAAUACAAGUCAGAGAACCGUAUUCUACCAGAUGGUGUGAAUGCAAAGCUUCUUGGCAACCAUGGUCGACUUGCUGCACGUCAACCUGGAAGGGCCUUCCUUACAUCUGCUUAGGAAAUUGAAGUGUCAUAAUCUUCUCAGAAAUAGCACAUUUAGUUUUCUAGUCUGUUGAAUGGAACUUUGUUACUUGAAUUUCUGUCUUUGCAUGAACUUGAUCAGUAUCCAAUUGAACAAUUUUGAAAUUAUAAUGUUCUGUAUUUGAAAUUUCUUGUAUGAUUAAGAGCUCGUAUGUUUUGAUGAAUUGAUACAUAGUGACAGGUUGUAAUAACAUUCUUUAGUACCCCCUGCAA